AUGGAUUUAGAUGACAAUGGUCGAUUAAAAAACGUCUUUUGGGCCGAUGCACAUAGCAGAGCAUCAUAUGAGUAUUUUGGAGAUGUUGUGACAUUUGAUACAAUAUACCUAACAAAUAGUUAUGGUAUGCCGUUUGCCCCAUUUGUGGGUGUGAACCACCAUGGACAGUCAAUACUUUUGGGAGCAGGCUUGAUAUCAAGUGAAAAUACUGAAACAUUUGUCUGGUUAUUUGACACUUGGUUGAAGUGUAUGGAUGGAAGAGCGCCAAAAGCUAUCAUCAAUGAUCAAGACAGAGCCAUAAAAAAUGCUAUUGCGAUAGCUUUUCCAAAUACCCAGCAUAGAUACUAUUUGUGGCACAUAAUGAGAAAACUGCCAGAGAAGUUGGGCUCACAUGCUAAAUUUAAGUGUGGUUUGAAAAGUGCAUUGCAUCGAUGUGUGUAUGAUUUUCAGACUUCUGACGAGUUUGAAAAGUCUUGGGAGAGUCUCUAUAGUGAGCGCACGUAUUGGGUUCCGGUAUACCUGAAAAAUACAUUUUGGACUGGGACGAGCACAACUCAGAGGAGUGAGAGCAUGAAUGCCUUUUUUGAUGGAUAUGUACAUUCAGGAACUACAUUAAAAGAAUUCGUAGAUCAAUUCGACAAUACAUUGAGAAAGAAAGUAGAGAAUGAGAUGGUAGCGGAUUUCCAUUCAUUUAAUUGUACAGUCCCUUGUAUAUCUCAUUUACCCAUGGAGAAAAAAUUUCAAGUAGUGUAUACAAAUUCUAAAUUUAAGGAAGUGCAGUCAGAAGUAAUGGGGAUUAUCUACUCUCAUUGUGUUAUCAUAAAAACAGAAGGGGCAAUUACUACAUAUCAAGUUAAUGACCAAAGAGAAGUUGAAGAUGGCAUCAAGAAGUCAACUUUGCAGGCGUACUUCAAUGAAGAAGAGUGUGAGGCAGAGUGCAUGUGUGGACUAUUUGAGAUGAGAGGAAUUAUAUGUAGGCACAUUCUUUCUAUUUUUGCCGCAAGAGAUGUCCAAGAGUUGCCAGAAAAAUACAUUAUGGAGAGGUGGAAGAAGGACAUUAAACAUAGAUAUGCUCUCAUUCGCGCAGUUACGAUGACUUGA